CGACAGACAGCGGUUGUGCUCCCGGACCUGUUGCGGAGGGUGGGUCGGGUUCGGUUCGCCUCGUUGUGGACUUGUUUGAGCCGGACCAACACAGAUUUAAUGAGUUUAUUUACACUCAACUGCUGGAAAAGGCAAAGGACGUUUGUCGCCUUGCAAUCGAGACGUUACUUCCUGAUUCAUUGAUUAAUCAUGCCCUGCAAACCUCAACUGCCCAACCAAACCACUUACCCGGUCCAUAGGCGGAGUUCGACUUUUGUGGGAGAAAAAAGAUGAAGUCCAAACUAGCCCCAAAUCUGAAGCUAAGGACAAAAGGGAGAACGAGCUUAUGGCUGACAUCGUGAGGAAGAUGGAGGAAAAAUAUGCGGUAAAGAAAAAGCAGGACCGCCUUCAGGACUUGAUCGAUAUGGGUUAUGGUUACGAUGACGAGGAUUCCUUUAUUGACAACUCUGAGGCUUACGAUGAGUUUGUGCCAUCCUCCCUCACCACCGAAUAUGGAGGCUUCUACAUCAACACCGGCCUGCUGCAAUUCCGACAGACUUCUGAAAAUGAAUUGGACAACGACAGACCCGAGAACUCCGAGAAACCUAAACUCAAAGAAGGACAAAAGCCGCCAAAGAAGAGGAGUAGAAAAGCCCAACAGGAUAAGGACGAUGUAGACAUAAAGCCAAGAGCGGAUGACCAUCUGACCAACAAGAAAAAGAAAAAAACAGCAGGCACUCUGAGCGUCACCAGCAUGCUGAAGAAGUUCCGUCGAGAGAAGGAGCUGGAGCGGCAGAAAAUGGAGCGAGCUCAUCAGCACGUGACGCCGCCAGGUCCAGCGGAUGCGGGUGGCGGCGGCUCGGGAUUGGCCGACCCGCUGCUCAGUUUGAUCGGCUCUACCAACGAGCAAGCGCUUCUCCAGGCCGCCAGCACGGUGGAGUUUGACAUCGAUUUGGACUGUUUGUUGGGUGUUGGUGACGACAUCCCUUCACCGCAGUCUUUAAUGGAGGCGACACUGCCAAUUCUGAGUGAAACGGACCAUCAGCUCCCGUCUGAAGUCUCCACCGAUGCAGCAAAGCCUCCCAGCAGAGACGUGACCCAACCACAAAAAGCUCAUUCAGAAUCUAGGGAAUCGCUACAGUGCGUCACGUUCCCUGAGGGACUCCCACCAACCCUAGAGGACAGCAUUAAGUGUCUGAUGCUGGCAGCCAAGACCUCGGAGGGAGAGUCCAAACUCAAGUUUUUCACCCCAGAAAUCAACUCUCUUUUGCUCGACAUCGAGUAUCAGUGUCGGGAGCACGGCGGCCAGUUACGCACCCGAGUGUACACGUACCUGUCGUCCUUCCUGCCCUGCAGCAAGGAGACGCUCCUGAAACGAGUCAAGAAACUCAAGCUCGCGGAAAGUCUUUCAAAUAUGGAGGAUCCCAUGUGGAAGCUGAAUGAAGCCAUCCAGCGAGCCAUGACAGAGCAGAUUGCGCUUUUCAACCAAAAAUGUCAAGAAUAUGAACACGCCAAAACCCUGCAGAUAAUGGAAGAUGGGAGUGAGGUCAAGUGUGGUGGUCAAGGGAACGCGGUGGAGGAGAAGGUGACAAAAAGAGGCGCUGGGCCAAAGAAACUGUUCAAGUGGAACGAGAGGAUCAGGGAGGCGCUCCAUCACGUUCUGAGAGAGAAAAUUUCAGUUUUUCAAAGCAGAAAUAAAGACAAUCAGCAUCUGGACAACUACCUCAAGAUCUUGUUGAUCAAGGACUUCAAACCUCUUUGGCCCAAAGGCUGGAUGCAGACUAGGGUGCUACUGGACGAGAGCAGGAGGUUAUUGGGCCUCCAGCCGACGAAUCCGAGGAGGUCCAGACCAAAGAAGAAGCAGCUUUCGAUCGUCGCUCCGUCCGUUUUGGAUCAAAACACAAAAUCGCUGCCGGUCAACGUAGGCCUUCCCCACGAGGCAGAUUCAGCAAAGGAAGGCUCCAGCGCCUCGUAUGUGACGACAGAGGGCAACGAAGUCAUCAUCUUGGAUUCGGACUCAUCACAGGUGCUCGAUGAACUGGAUCCAAGAGUUCCCACCCCGCCGGCGUCCGCUGUCGCCAAGUACAAAAGUUCCCCACAUAACUGGAGGUCCAGCUCCUCGGUUUCACCGCAGGGUCCUCAGUGCAGCAGGCCUGUGUCGCAGGGUGCAGCCAAAACCGCUGCAAGAUUAAAUUGGUUCGGAAAUGACGUUGGGUUCUGAAGUUCAUUUUGAGAUCUAGAUGGAGUUUCUGUGGAUAUAGUUAGGAACUGCUGUUAUUCAUUUUGAAGCUUUGGUAUGACUUAAAAAAAAAAAUAAUGCCCUUUUUUGUUUUUUUUUUUAAUUUAAAUAUUAG